GCUAGUGGAGGAGCACGCGAAGGACGCACGUCCGUUCCACCGUAACCGCAACGCAGCGCAGCCAGUGGCAUUGACGGCGGGUCUCUCACAAGCGGCGCUGAAAAUUCCCCGGAGUGGUGGGGGGCGACAGAUUCUUCACUCGGAAAAGCGGCCUUUCUGAACCCACCCUGGUUCGUUGGUGACAAAUAUGCAAUUUAAACAUAAUUUAAUUUCUGUGUAAUCCUUAACAGAGCCGGCUACAGAUCGAGGCGGGACCUUCAUUCUCCACGAUUCUCUCUUCACUAGCGUGCCAGCCACCUUCUGCCGGGAGUGUUUUUUUAAAUGCAUUUGUCCGUUAUUUAACAAAAUCUUAUCGGGGAGGAUUUUAAACCUGAAAGAUCGCCAGUUGAAAGUGCAGGAGUUGGGGAACCCUGACAUAAAGUGAAACUGUACCGGGUGAAGACUGUCCGCCAUGGAGAACGCUCACACAAAGACCGUGGAGGAGGUUUACAGCUAUUUCAGCGUCAACGAGAGCACGGGUCUGGCCUCGGAGCAGGUCAAGAGGCAAAAGGAAAAAUGGGGGCCCAAUGAGCUGCCAGCCGAGGAGGGGAAAUCUUUAUGGGAACUCGUCGUUGAACAGUUUGAAGAUUUGUUAGUCCGUAUUUUACUCCUGGCAGCCUGUAUAUCUUUCGUGCUGGCCUGCUUCGAAGAUGGCGAGAAGACUAUCACGGCGUUCGUGGAGCCGUUUGUUAUCCUGCUGAUCCUCAUAGCCAACGCCAUCGUCGGGGUGUGGCAGGAACGAAACGCAGAAAAUGCCAUUGAAGCCCUGAAGGAGUAUGAGCCCGAGAUGGGCAAGGUCUACCGACAGGACAGGAAGAGUGUGCAGCGCAUCAAGGCCAGGGACAUCGUGCCUGGUGACAUCGUGGAGGUGGCAGUUGGAGACAAGGUCCCUGCAGACAUUCGUCUCACUUCAAUCAAGUCUACAACGCUGAGAGUGGACCAGUCCAUCCUGACAGGAGAGUCCGUGUCUGUCAUCAAACAUACGGACCCUGUCCCAGACCCCCGUGCGGUCAACCAGGACAAGAAGAACAUGCUGUUCUCAGGCACGAACAUCGCCGCAGGCAAGGCGGUGGGUGUUGUGGUGGCCACGGGUGUGAACACUGAGAUCGGUAAGAUCCGCGACGAGAUGGCCUCCACGGAGCAGGAGAAGACGCCGCUGCAGCAGAAGCUGGAUGAAUUCGGCGAGCAGCUCUCCAAGGUCAUCUCGCUCAUCUGCAUCGCCGUGUGGAUCAUCAACAUCGGCCACUUCAACGACCCGGUCCAUGGCGGCUCCUGGAUCCGCGGGGCCGUUUACUACUUCAAGAUCGCGGUGGCGCUGGCAGUGGCGGCCAUCCCAGAGGGCCUGCCCGCCGUCAUCACCACCUGCCUGGCGCUGGGCACUCGCCGCAUGGCCAAGAAGAAUGCCAUCGUGCGCAGCCUGCCCUCAGUAGAGACCCUGGGGUGCACCUCUGUCAUCUGCUCCGACAAGACGGGCACCCUCACUACCAACCAGAUGUCUGUCUGUAGGAUGUUCAUCAUAGACAAGGUGGAGGGCCAAAGCUGCUCUCUGAGUCAGUUCACAGUGACCGGGUCCACGUACGCCCCCGAGGGGGAAGUAUAUCAGAAUGGCGUUCCUGUGAAGUGCUCAAAGUACGAUGCCUUGGUGGAGAUGGCCACGAUCUGUGCCCUGUGCAACGACUCCUCUCUGGACUACAACGAGGUCAAGGGCGUAUACGAGAAGGUGGGUGAAGCAACAGAAACUGCCCUCACCUGCCUAGUGGAGAAGAUGAACGUAUUUGACACUGACCUCAAAGGCAUGACCAAGAUUGAGAGGGCCAAUGCAUGCAACUCGGUGGUAAAACAACUGAUGAAGAAGGACUUCACCUUGGAGUUCUCCAGGGACAGGAAGUCCAUGUCUGUCUACUGCACCCCCAACAAAGCGCGCUCCUCUGUGGGCAAGAUGUUCGUUAAGGGUGCACCAGAGGGAGUGAUCGACAGGUGUACCCACAUCCGGGUGGGUAGCGACAAGGUGCUUCUGACCCAGGGCAUCAAGGACAAGAUCCUGUCGGUGAUCCGGGAGUACGGAACCGGCCGGGACACGCUACGCUGCCUGGCGCUGGCCACCCGUGACAAUCCUCCGCGCAAGGAAGCCAUGGUGCUGGAGGAUUGUGCUCGCUUCACGGAGUACGAGACGGACCUGACCUUCGUCGGCUGCGUGGGCAUGUUGGACCCGCCGCGGUCGGAGGUGGCAGCCUCCAUCAAGCUGUGCCGGCUGGCCGGAAUCCGGGUCAUCAUGAUCACUGGGGACAACAAGGGCACCGCGGUGGCCAUCUGCCGGCGCAUCGGCAUCUUCGGCGAGGACGAGCAUGUGGGCGACAUGGCGUUCACGGGCCGCGAGUUCGAUGACCUGUCGCCGCAGGCGCAGCGAGAGGCUGUGCUCAAGGCGCGCUGCUUCGCCCGUGUGGAGCCUUCCCACAAGUCCAAGAUCGUGGAAUUCCUGCAGUCCUAUGACGAGAUCACCGCCAUGACAGGCGAUGGCGUGAAUGACGCCCCCGCCCUGAAGAAGGCGGAGAUCGGCAUCGCCAUGGGCUCCGGCACUGCCGUGGCCAAGACCGCCUCCGAGAUGGUGCUGGCCGACGACAACUUCGCCACCAUCGUGGCGGCCGUGGAGGAGGGCAGGGCCAUCUACAACAACAUGAAGCAGUUCAUCCGCUACCUCAUCUCCUCCAACGUGGGCGAGGUCGUCUGCAUCUUCCUGACGGCGGCCCUGGGCUUCCCCGAGGCCCUCAUCCCCGUGCAGCUGCUUUGGGUGAACCUGGUGACUGAUGGCCUGCCCGCCACCGCCCUGGGCUUCAACCCCCCUGACCUGGACAUCAUGAACAGGCCCCCCCGCAAUGCUCGUGAGCCCCUCAUCUCAGGCUGGCUCUUCUUCAGAUACCUGGCCAUUGGAGGGUAUGUGGGUGCUGCCACAGUGGGUGCUGCUGCUUGGUGGUUCAUUGCUGCUGAGGAUGGGCCCAGGAUCACCUUUUACCAGCUGAGCCACUUCCUGCAGUGUAACCCAGAGAAUUCCGAGUUCAAGGGCCUGGACUGCAGGCUGUUUGAGUCACCCUAUCCCAUGACCAUGGCCCUGUCUGUGCUGGUGACCAUCGAGAUGUGCAAUGCUCUCAACAGCCUGUCGGAGAACCAGUCCCUGCUGCGUAUGCCCCCCUGGGAGAACGUGUGGCUGCUGGGCGCCAUCUGCCUUUCCAUGUCCCUGCACUUCCUCAUCCUCUACGUAGAGCCGCUGCCGAUCAUUUUCCAGAUCACCCCUCUGAACACCACUCAGUGGCUGAUGGUGCUGAAGAUCUCUAUGCCCGUCAUCCUGCUGGACGAGCUGCUCAAAUUUGCAGCCCGUAACUACCUGGAGCCUGGUAAAGAGUUGGAGAAGCCAGCCAAGGGCUGCUCACUCUCCAGCUGGACCCAGGGCAUCUCCUGGCCCUUUGUGAUCUUCACCUUCCCCCUGGUGCUCUGGAUCUACAGUACCGACACUAACCUGUCCGACUUGUUCUGGUCUUGACUGACAUAAGUGUGUGGUUCUCUGCUGUGUGUGUGUGCGUGUGUGUGUCUGUAUGCGUGUGUGUGUUUCCAUGCACGUUAGGGUGGCAAUUAACAUGCACCCAAAUGCUUAAAAAUAAUAAUAAACUAAUUGGUAAUAGGGCAAAACAAGAGCCCUGUUGAUAUUGUACAUGUAAGCAUCCCAUCGCUUAAGGGCGUUUUGAUUUCAUUUUGAGAAUUUGUUCCUGUUUUGUUUUGUUUUUGGUAUUGCCUUUUUAAAUUGGUAUUUUAUAAUCUGGGAUUAUGAUUUGUCCUAUUACCUGACAUCUUGUUUCAGAACAACUGUAGUAGCCCCUUUACAUACAGGUAACAUAUUUAAAAAUUGUCCAAUGAAAUGUACAGAAAUGUUAACACUAUUUUAUGCAUUUUUUUUGUAGUUUUGGAAGGGAGGAAAGGGUGGAGUGACUGAACAGAAAUGUUUACGGUUGUCUUUGGUCUGAGUUUUGAAUUCUUAAAGUUUAUGGAUAAACGAUGGAGAAACCAGUGGUGAUUUUCGGAAUGGAUGUUUUGAAUGCAUCAACUAAAAAAGGAAAGGUUUCCUCACACGAAUGCUGCAUGCUUUCUGUUCCUGCAUGAAUGAACUUGUGCGUUUUCAUCCAAUCAGAUGUUUUUCAAAGUGCCCCCCCCCCACUGUGCUUAUUUUCACACUUCUCACUUUAAGCCAGUUUUUUUUUUCUGCACUAGGCAGAACGCAGCUACCUCAGUUCAAUAUGGCUCAUUCCUCGCCCCCACCGCUCCCCCCCUCAGCCAUGGAGAAACUGGCUCUCAUUGCGUUUCAUCCGAUAUGUGCUGCAGGAGGUCUGCCCCCCCCCACUGCUUGUGCAGAAAAAAAAGGUUGUCCUUGCUCAUGGUUUAAAAUGGGCUCCUGUAUGUUCUCAUCUGUUUAUUUUCAUUCCCCCUUGGGCGGGGGGGGUGGCAAGGGUUAGAUUCAAAAGCGUCUCAUUGAAAAUGUCAGUGUCCACCAUUGAAACAACAUGAACACAACGCAUCUCCGCCUUUCCCUGUCCACCCCCCCCGCCCUUUCUAAGUGUACCCUUCGGCUUGGGACCGAAGGGUCUUAUUUGUGAUUGUUUCUUUAAGGAAUCAUACGUGCAUUUAUAUAUAUCUAUACUUGAAUAUACAUUGAUACAUACUGAUUGUUCAAUCAGCAGAGCACAAAGUUAACUCUGGGCCAGUCCGGGCUCGGUGCCCUUCUCCAGGUCGAAAGUAUGCCAGCCGUGUGGUAGAGCAGUCUGUAAAUCUGUACAUACUACAUUUCACCAAAUAGUACAGUACCUGUUUAUAGGAGUCUUGGGGCAUCUGUGCCACCCCGUUACACCCUCCCCUAAGGCAGGGGUCAGACCACCUCAGACCACCUUGCAUGCCCUGUGCCGGCGCCCUUCCGGGAGAUUUCUCCAGUGGGAUUUCCUUAACCCAGGCUACCUGUGCUCUUUCCCUUCAAUGCUUUCCAGUGAGAUCCCUUAAGACCAAGGCCUUGUAAUCCACCUCCCUCCACUAGAACCAUUUGCAGAAACUGUAAGGUUUUUGUUUUUGUUUGGUGCACGUGUUCGGGCAGCUCCACCUCUACAAAAGGCCUGCAUGUAACAAUGAGCGAAGAAAUCGGAAAUGUACCUACAUUUAAUAUGCGUGUUUUAAAAUGACCAAGAAAAAGAAUACUGUGAGGUAGGGAAGAUGUUUAAAGGACAAAAUGCGUCAGCUAGAGAAAUAAAUGUUAUCCUGUAUGUGUAAUCACAGUCCCUGGAGAUCGUUGCGGCAUGGAGGCAAACGCGCUUGCCCUUCGCCUUCGAGUCGAGAUCUAAGGAGUUUUCAUGCCACCUUUUUAAGAUUCUUCUGUGUAAAAUGUCAUAGUUUUAUAUAAAUGUAUAAUAUACCAUAAUGCAUGUUCUGCAGUUGUAAGUAGCUGAAAUAUUUUAGCAGAGUUUCUACAUUAAAAUAGCUAUGUACAAAUAUCGCUCAGCUCAAGUAGAACAAAUUCUCCUUUAGAUACAAGCGGGCAACCAUAAUGACACCGGUCAGUUCCAUAAUCAGAUACUUUUCCUAAGGAAAUCUUUUUUAGAGGUGUGCAAAAUGACGAAGUAGACCUUUUUGUUUUGUUUUGCACUGUAAUAAUGUAACUUAUUUAAAUAAGGCGCUGCGGUGCGGUGGAACUGUGAUGCGUCCGUCUCGAAAGGAGCAGUCCGGCCCUUUAACACCGCGUCCGAACCAUGACCUAUUGUAUAUACCAGCGACUGUUCAUUUCCGUGCUGACGAUUGUAACAUGCAUCACAUGAAACGUGGUUUCAGGUAAAUAAACCAAUUAAACAUGACUCUGCAUGUAUUUUCUGUGUCAUGUGCUGUACAGGCAGCCUUGAAUCUGCGUCUAGAAUCGUGAGACAUACAGGUGAAGUUACCAAGGAAUUAGUACUGAAAUUAUACUUCGGACGCUCCAACUGAAUGACGGCCAUGUAGCGUUCUUAAUACUUUAAAUUAUGAGAUGCUUAAAUAACCGUGAGAAUGUGGGUCCUUAUUUUUAGUGGAAGUAGAAAGUAUACCGUGUUUGGGUGAAUUUCGUUUACUCUUGAAUUUUAUCUCUGGCGAGGUGCGCAUGCGCACACGAUGAACCAAGUACAAUUUGAAGGCUAUUUUUUAUGUUACUCUUAAUGACGGGUUCCUUGCGUCCUGUUUCAUACGUUAACUUCCUUUUCGGGGUUUAAUAAUCGUGAAAUGAAGCUAAGGAUAGUAAAUGUUUUGCCAGUGAUAUACGUUUACUAAAAUUGUGAUAUUUGUACGUGCAAAUAUUUCCCCGAGAAAUUGACCCAAAAUACAAAAUGUAUGCACUGUUUCACAAAAUCAGUCACUGUGCCUUUACGUUGGUUUCUCUUGGCUUCGCAAUAUAACCUUUCUAAAAUUCUUUUAACUUACUUUGUUUUCAAAGUGCGUGGAUACAUGAAUGAAAAGUAUGAACGUUAGUGAGUAUAACUACCCCAAAUAUAGAGUAACCUCAUGUACUAUUACAGGUAACCUCUUUGCCCAGCAACUCCGGUUUUAAUGGGUCUUUCUGCUGCUGUGCGGUGCGUUGCAAAUGUAUCAGAUUUUCCUGCAUUACAUGUGAUACCGACCUUCUUCCUGUCUGUGUUUAAUUGAAAACUCAGUCUCUGAGUACAUUUUCAAAGUCAAAAUCAAUUAUUUGUCAGCAAAUCGUUAGAAGAAAAUCAAAAACCGAAAAAUACGUAUCAAUGUCUGGUGGAGCUGCCUUUUGCUUCAAUAACAGCUCUGAUGCAGAGAGGUCUUUAGGGGUUUGCAAUGGAAAUACUAGCAAGAAGAAUGAAUUACAAAUGAUAUAUAUACACAAUCAAACCUCAUUGUUCUACAGAGGGUUCAGCACUUUUGCAAGGCACUGUAGGCAAGUGACUCUAGCUUGUGUCCAGUCACUUUGAAAGGAGGGAAUUCAUGUGCUUUUACACUGGUAUGUGUUUUCUCUAAGUGAUAUUUCCCUCUAAGAGACUAAGUACUUUCUCUCUUCUGAUUAACAUGCAGGUUUACUUAUGGCAUCUAGUUGCAUGGGGUUGUGGUUCUGAACAGUUUUGUUCAGAGGUACAUAGUUCAGUUCGCCCCACUGGUAGACAGGUCCACCACCAGCUAUAUCGUUUAUAUCCUACCAUCAGCUACAUGCCGCCUGUUGGCGUCGGCUACAUGCCUUUAAAUAAAACGCUCAGGAGUGAUAAUUUCAUUAAUUAUAGUUUCCUCUCUGGAGCUGUUUGAUGCCAAAAUAAGUUUGCAUGUAGAUCUAUCUUCAGAAUUUCUCCCUUUUCCAUAAUUGAUUGUCUAGUACAGGGCAUGGUAGUCUUGUAGCCUUUCCCAGUAAAUGCAGGGCAGAAGGCAGGAAACAUGGUCAGAAGGUCACAGGUUCAGAUUUCAAGAAUUGAUGGUACCUUUGGCAGGGUGUCGAAGAUUAAUCACAUCCUCUGCAGUUAAUCUACAGAAUGUCAGUGUUGAAAUUUCCAAAUGCAUACUCAUAUCUCGUGCAGGUGUGUUUGUAGAAUAACAGUGGAACUUUAGCACACCUAUACUGUUGUCAGAUAAGAGAAUGAAGUAUAUUGAUCAUGAGCAUCAAGCUUAUGGGAGUUUUGCUUAAUGUUCUGAGGGCAGAAGGAAAAAUGUUUGGUUCAGAGAGAGAACCAAUCCGAUUGUAGAGGUGGGCCCAAGCAACUAUAGGAAAUGAGAACAUUUGUGUAAGAAACUCCCAUGAGCGAACUGCAACCAGUACGACCGUGUGUUUGCGGCAUCCAUGAGUGCAUGUUGGGUCAGGCAUCUGUAAAUGUGAGCUUACAAACAUGCCCCAGUUGAAAUGCAUUCUAGUCAAACCCGGUUCUAACAGACCCAUCUCGGUGAUGUAGUCUUCACAGGCUCACUGAACACGAUUUGUACGAGUAUCUCAGGUUCUCUUCAUUCUUCUGCUUCUGUCUGUCCUGUUUCGCUUAUUUACCGUAACAUGACUAAUCAGAUGAAAUAAAUAUCUAAAUAUACCAA